CCAUAGGCAAAGGGUCGGGGCGAAGCCGUGCAAGGAGCCUUUUGCUUCCUUCGCAGCAAAGCUGUCGGCGGGCGCUGCACGAUGGGCUCGCGCGUCCUCGGCUCCCUCCGCAGAGCUGCGUUAUCGGGGUGCAAAGCCCAGCCAAGUCUGUAUCAGGUUUGCUCGUCUCUUGCCACAGGACCCAGGCAAGAUGUUGGCACCUUCUAUGAACUCCGUACUUAUGAUAUCAAACCAGCAAAGGCAAAGGAAUUCCUCGAGUUGGUCAAUAAAAGCAUCAACAUUCGCGUGGCUCACUCUGAGAUGAUUGGAUUCUGGACCGCGGAGUUUGGGUCAAUGAAUAAGGCUUUCCAUAUUUGGAAAUAUGACAACUUUGCCCACAGGAGAGCUGUAAGGAAAGCUGUGGUCGCUGAUAAAGAAUGGCAGGAAAGAUUGUCAGUCCUUCUUCAAUUCCUAGACAAGCAGCAUAUGGAAAUUGCUUACAUGGUCCCCUGGUGUGAGCUCGGGAGUUCUCCAAAGCCAGGAGUUUAUGAGUUGGUUACUUAUCAGUUGAAACCAGGUGGACCCGCUUUGUGGGGAAAGUCAUUUAAAGCAGCGAUUGAUGCGCACAUCAGCAAAGACUAUUCCAAACUGAUUGGUGUCUUCCAUACAGAAUACGGAUUACUUAAUACAGUUCAUGUGCUUUGGUGGUAUGAGAAUCCUGAUAGCCGUGCGGCUGGGAGGCAUUUUGCCCAUGAAGAUGCCAGGGUGGUAGCAGCAGUACGGGAGAACGUUCAGUACUUGGAAUCCCAGCAAAACAUGCUCCUGAUUCCUGCACCAUUUUCGCCUUUGAAAUAGUUCUCUAACAGAUGAAAGGCAACAAAUGAACGCAUCCUUUCUUUAUUUCGGCACUUUUAUCCUCCAAUUGCAAUGUUUGUGCCUUGAUGCAAAUUGAGUGUAGCCUUGCAAAAUGUUGAAUUGCUUGUGCGAAACUUGAUUUUCCUGCCGCUCGCUAGCAAAGAAUACACACUAGCUUGCUUAAAAAAUAUGUAGAUUCAAACUA